AUGCUGCAUUCCUGGGCACGGGCCAACGGCCAUGAACUUGCAAUGGAUGAGUUCAGCUUCAGCGACGACUAUCCAAGUCUGAAUGCGAAGGGCUGGGAUAUCAAGCUCGUGUGCAUGUGGCUAGCAGAGAUCACACCUGCUUUUGCUCGCUCUGCAGCAGCUGCUCGGCGACGAGAGCAUGCAUACGUGAUGUCGAUGACCGCUCGAGCUUUGGCCGUGACUAUCGAGAUCUUGGAUGCUAGCAUUUAUGCAAUAUCCCGCGAGAAUGCUGUUCGUGGCCAGCGGGCAUGCAAACGGUUCAUUCUUGGAUAUAGCUGGCUGGCCUAUGAUAGCUACCUGGAGCAGAAGCGGCUCUACAAGCUUCGGCCGAAGAGACUUAAGUCGCAAGAAAGAUCGAUGUAG